CGUGUUGGUAUUGUUGUGAUUUUAUUAAGUUUAAUUUUAUUUAAAUUUAAAGCAUGUCUGACUUCGAAAUGGAAGAAAGUGGCUCGGAGUACGAUUCGGGAGACAAUUCCGAUGCCGAGUUGCAAGCGGCAUUUGAGCGUGGAGACUUAAAGCCAGGUUUAAACGUAGAAUUCAAUGGAGAGCGUGAUAAAAUAAAUGAUAUAACCAAACUGUUGGCGAAAACACAGGCAAUACGGCUGCAACUGCCAUGGCUGGAACGCCUGGAUAUGGUGAACAAUCUGGCUCCGCUAGCACCUGAGCUAGCCGUACAACUGGAGAAACACGAGCAGAAGCGUGCAAAUCAGUUCAAAGGCAAUGCAAAAAUACCUUACAUUAGCCCCGACGAGGAUCCCGUGCUAAAUGACUUUAAGCGCGAAAUGAUGUUUCACCGCCAAGCACAAUGUGCAGUCAUUGAGGGCAUAAGACAGUUGCACGAGCUAGGCAUCAAAACGCGCCGCCCAGAUGAUUAUUUUGCUGAAAUGGCGAAAACAGACGAGCACAUGCAAAAGGUGCGUGCCAAUCUGAUGGCAAAACAGCAGGGUCAGGCCAAGUCUGAGCGUAUCAAGCAGAUACGCGAACAACGUAAAAUGGGCAAGAUGCUGGCUAAGCAAACAAAGGUGCAGCGCGAGGCGGAGAAGAAAGAAAUGCUCGAUAAGCUUAAGAAGUUCCGUAAGGGCAAGCUUAAGAACCUGGACUUCCUUGAAGAUGCCAAGGCGCUGGAGUCUAAACAAAAACAAUCGGUCGAUAAGCGCAAACAACGCAACAAAAAGUUUGGCUUUGGUGGCAAAAAGAAGGGACUCAAGCGCAACACGAAAUCAUCUGCGGACGGACUCGAGUCGGAGAAGUCGACGCGUCGCCAACGUGGUGUAAAGGCAGGUGCUUCGGUCAACAAACGUAUGGGAAAAUCCAGGCGCAUGAAGGCUAAAGCACGGAAGUAAAACUAACGUAAUAUUAAGUGACCUAACUAGUUAUAAAGUGAAGCGUGUAUAGAUUUAUUAUAACUAAAUACAAGAAAUAUGUACACUAUAAUUAGU